AUGAGCUGGCUCCGUAAUCGCAAAAAAGCCGAACUGUCGUCCGGUUCGUAUCCGGGCGGUCGGAAGUCGUUUUCGUGGACAUUUUCUCUGAAAACUCUCAAAAUUGAUGAAGACAAAGUCUCGGAAGAGCACUCUUCUGGAAAUUUUUACUGGUGAGCAUCGGGAACGCACUUUUUCCGGGAAAUUUAGUAUUAUGUUUAGGAAUAUUUCCGUACGGAAGAAACUUGUGGAAGAGGUCGAACAAUUGGAUGUUUUUCUGUCGUGCUCUCUGGACAAACGCUUUAAACUGGAAAAGGGCGGCGUGUGGAGGGUGGAUUACGCCCACGUGCUCCGCUUUAAAAAUCACGAAAACCCGGCGAGCCCGUUGGUUCUCUGCAAUCACGCUUUUUCGUCCACGGCCAAGUCGCACAGCACAGACACUAUCAAUAUUUCGGAAAUUCCCAAUGAAUUCAAAAUCGACGGCGACAUCAUCACGAUCGAGGCGGAAAUCGGAGUGAAACGGGUGGAUUGGAAGCGGCCACUCACCGAUUUCACCGUGAAGAGAAAAGGCACCGAUUUGAUUUUGAUGGUCGGAAUUCACGAAUUUUAUGUGAAGAAAAAGGUGGAAUCAUCAUUUUUAGCUGGAAAAUCAUCGGAAAUUUCUCAGAUCUUGGCCAUCGUAUCGCCGGUUUUCCAGGUGCUUCUCGACGGUCUCGGCGAUCCGUCGGACAACAAGGAGAUCAAAAUUCCGAUCAACAACGUCGAUUUCGAGCCUUUUCACAUUUUUCUCCAUUGCAUUCACGGCAAGCCCAUUGAGAUCCGUUGUAAGCAAAAAAACCGCCUUACAGAAAAAAAAGUCGAUAAAAUCUAUGCAUUUUUCGAAAAGUCUUUCUCUCUUCCCGGUCAGAAGAUCUUUUGAAAACAUUUUCGAUACAUUUUUUUCGAUAAAGCUGUCAUGAACCCUCUUUCUAUUUCAGUCGAACUUGUCGAAUCACUUCUGAAAUUGGCAGUGAGAUUCGAAACGCCGAAACUGGCGACGGAAUGCGAGGAAUUUCUGAUGAAAAGUGUGGCCGACGACGCGGAAGUGAUCCGAUUGGCCGACACGUUCCAAUUGCAGACCGUCGUGGUGGGGCGUUGCGGUCGCGUCGCGGUUCAAUUCGAGAAUUUGUUACAGAUGAAAAAGUUGGAGUCGUUGAACACGAUUCCGGCACUGAAGGCCGCCUUCAAAUCGUACAGAACGUUGUCGGAUCCGACGAUGACGAAACUUGUGACGAAGAUUUUGGAGAUUGAGUGA